UUUUUCAAAACAACAUAAAAAAUCGCAACAACAAAAUAUCACGAUAUAAAAAUUUCAACAACCCUAGUCGCGGAUUCCACUCAAAAAUUCCACUUGCCAGGAGCAGAAGCAUCCCCCGGUCAGAUGGCCAAGAAGGAGCAGGAUGUCGUCGACCAGGAGUUGCCCCCACCCCCGGCCAGGAACAAGCCGACGCUGCCCGAGGGAUUCCGCCAGUUGAAGACACAGGUGGCCGGCCACAAUUUCGAGUCCAUCAACGCCGAGGCCAUCGGGCUCCUGCAAGACUACGCGGGUGGCUGUGUGCUGAAGCCUCUCGGGAAGCCGGAGUGUGGAGAACGAGAGCUGAGAUUCUAUGAAUCACUCGCCACGGCAGGUGCUUUGGGUGAUAAUGACCUUGCCCUGCUCCGCGGUCACGUCCCCCGGUUUUACGGCCCCCUGAAACUGGUUGUGAAUCACCGCGAACGCACGUUCCUCCGCCUGGAAGACCUCACGCGAGAUAUGCUCCAGCCGUGCGUCAUGGACGUGAAGGUGGGUAAACGAACCUGGGAUCCGGCAGCCUCCCCCAACAAGCGGCAAUUGGAGGAGGGCAAGUACGUGCAGUGCAAGCAAGCUCUGGGACUGUGCCUGCCCGGCUUCCAGGUGUAUCUUCCAGUGGAUGCGGAUCAGGACGCCGAGAAGGCCUCAAUCCUGCGGCGGGGCAGGGAUUAUGGCAAGAGCCUGAGCGUGGAGGGUUUCAAGGAGACCAUGGCCCUAUUCUUCAAUGCCAGCACAAGCCAUUCCAAGGCGCGAAGAGCGGCCAGGGAGUUGUUACUCCAGGAAGUGCUCCGUCAACUGCAGGACAUCCUCAAGUGGUUCGUCAGCCAACGGGUGUACCAUUUCUACGCCAGCUCCUUGCUCAUCUGCUACGAUUAUUCGAGGUUAAAGAACCAGCCAACGCUCAAUGGCCACCGCCAUCAUGGCGAGCAGGAGGCGGUCGAUGCUCCCUCCUCCCCCUCGACUUGGGUGCGUGUCCGAAUGAUUGACUUUGCUCACGUCUAUCCGGCGGAACAGGCUCUGCCCGACGAGAACUACAUGUUCGGCCUGAAGAGCCUGAUAGAGGUGAUCCAGGCAUUAAUCCAUCGGUGAUGGCAGCUUAAGAAGACCAGGAAGAAGUUCCAAUCUCAUGGCAAUGAGACACUCACACUUUUGUAUUAUUGUAAGCCAAAAGAUUAAGGGGUUAGACCACCCAACUUUUAAAAAAGAAAUCAUAUCCAAUCAUGUCAUGUGUAAUAAAUUUGAAGAGAAUCGGUCGAGUAGUUUUUAAGCAAUCAUGUACACCGUUCCAAAAAACGUAGUUUUGAGAAAAACGCAAAAUAAGAUAAAGAAAGUACUUUAAGGUAUACCGGCAAGGCUUACUUCAAAUGACUAUAAUAUCCACAAAUAAUGAGAUAUUUUUAAGCCCAAUACCUUAAAAUGACCGUAAUAUCGGCCUCAAAAUUAUGUUAAAAUACAAAAAACGAUUUUUAUAAUUUUCAGGGUGGUCUAACCCAUUAAGUCCACAGUAUAGGCAGCAAAGCGACUCUAAACGUAGAAUAAACCCGGUUUUGUACAAUCUG